AUGUCGGAAACGUUGUCCCGAUUGCUCACAAUCACCGCCGGAACACUUUAUCCGGCGUAUCGAAGUUAUAAGGUGAGUUCCGAUUUUAAAAAUGCUCUAAUAGUAAGAACGUAUUUUGCAGGCAGUCCGAACCAAAGACACUCGGGAAUAUGUGAAAUGGAUGAUGUACUGGAUAGUGUUCGCCCUCUACUCGUUUCUAGAGAAUUUGCUCGAUCUUCUUCUCGCAUUUUGGUUUCCGUUCUAUUUCCAACUCAAAAUAGUUUUCAUAUUUUGGUUACUCAGUCCCUGGACCAAAGGAGCUUCUAUUCUGUACAGAAAGGUAAGUUUUUUGUGAAAGUUCAUUUGAUAAUCGAGCUUUUCAGUGGGUGCAUCCGACGUUGAAUCGACACGAGAAAGAUAUUGACGCGCUCCUGGAAUCGGCUAAAUCAGAGUCUUAUAAUCAGGUAUUUUUGUUCCCUUUCUCUCUGAAAAUGCUAUAAAAUUCCCUUCAGCUGAUGCGAAUCGGAAGCAAAAGUCUCGUUUACGCGAAGGAUAUUGUGGCGGAAGCGGCGGUUCGCGGACAGCAACAGCUGGUGAAUCAGCUGCAACGGUUCGUUUUAUUUGUACGAGGCGAGCGAUGAGUCAGCGAGAAAAUACAGUGGAAAGACGGCUUGAUUGAAUUUUUCUGUCGAACAGAGUGAAAACAGUUUUGGAAAGCAAAAUGAAGAACUACGGGACUUUACCGACGUCCUUCUUUUUCCAGAUCGUACAGCGCAAACGACGUCGGAUCGGAGCGAGAAGCGAUCUCGAAACGAGCCAACGUCGACCACGGAAUCGAGGAGCUCGACGAGAAUUCGGGUGCCUCGGACGCGGAAAACCAUUCCGCUGCGCACCGCGCCGGAGACCGUUCCCCUCGCCGUCGCCGCACCGUCACAAAGUCCCGGUCGAGGUCCCGUUCGAGGACGCUCGACUCGACGGGCGCCGCGGAAACGGUCUACUCUUCCACGAUUCCGCGUCGUUCCGCACGCAAACCCAACUAUUGA